AACCAGAGGAGAGGGGGAGGGAGAGAGAGGGGGGAAUUUCCGUAUACAUUUCGAGCAUUUGAUCGAGAAAACCCUAUCUCUGAUUUCAAACGAUUCCCUGCGAUUUCGCAACCAUGAAGCCUUCGCAACCGAGCACCAGCAAGUCGAAAGCACGCAAGAGCCUUCGAUGUCUGUUCAGGAAGAAGAAGAACAGCGGAACAAUGGCAGCGCCGUCCUCGUCGUCGGCAUCGCCUAUGGUGUCGCGCUCGUCGUCGGUGAACUCAAGAGCGCAGAUCGAGGAAGAGCUGAAGCAAGUCUUCCAGAAAUUCGACGUGAACGGCGAUGGGAAGAUCUCGGCGUCGGAGCUCGGCUCGAUCCUUGGCAGCCUAGGGUACACGGCGGCGGAGUCCGAACUGGAGGAGAUGAUCAAGGAGGUGGACGCCGACGGUGAUGGAUUCAUCAAUCUGGAUGAAUUCGUGGAGCUCAACACCAAGGACAUCGAUUCUGAUGAGGUCCUUGAGAAUCUGAAAGAGGCGUUCUCUGUCUUCGACAUCGACAAGAACGGCGCGAUCUCAGCUGACGAGUUGCAGAACGUUCUGAAGAGCCUUGGCGACGAAUGCUCGAUCGGCGAGUGCAGGAAGAUGAUCAGCGGCGUCGAUCGCGACGGAGACGGCACCAUCAACUUCGAAGAAUUCAAGGUGAUGAUGAUAAGAGGAUCAAGAUUGGACACAACGGAGAUGAAGAGAUCAACCAGCGUCAAGAUCGAGUAGGAAAUUAACAACUGAUUCUAUAAUGAAUUACACGAUGGUUCUCGUUCGAUCUUGAUGCUUAGCGAGAAACUUCGAGUACAUUAUAGCGUCAAAUAUUGCUCGAUUCAUUAAUUUGUCAUCAUUUUGUUUUGUGGUUUUUAAUUUAUAGGCUAGUUGGUGAUGAAGCUGAUGGAGAUUUAUUGGGAUAAUCUCAGAACUGGGAACGAGAAUUGUGAAUACUUGAAAGGAAACCGCGCCAUAUUGAUUUUCUUAUUUGAAAGUUAAAUUCUAUC